AGCGGUGCUGCAGCAUCAGGAGGAACACCUCGAGCAGCAGCAGCCUGCAGGCACGGGGAACCUUUCCGAUGCGCGCGCUCAGCCCACACUGAGAGGCACAGACGAGGUGUUUAUGGGAGAUUUGUUGGGUUUGCUUCGCCCCGUCGUUUCAAACUUGGCGUGUCCGGGAUGGGGAAGGAGCAGGAGCUGCUGGAAGCCGCCCGCACUGGGAAUGUCGCCUUGGUGGAGAAACUGUUGAGUGGAAAGAAGGGGAUUCUGGGCUCAGGUUCCGGACCCAUCCCUCUUCCCAGCCUCCUGAGCAUGUGGAAAGGCCUGAAUGUAAACUGCACAGACAGCUCAGGAUACACACCGUUACACCAUGCUGCCCUGAAUGGACACAGAGAUGUGGUGCUGAAGCUGCUCCAGUUUGAGGCGUCAACAAAUGUGGCUGACAGCAAAGGCUGUUUCCCGCUACACCUGGCUGCGUGGCGGGGGGACGUGGACAUCGUUCGCAUCCUCAUCAACCACGGCCCGUCGCACUGCCACGUCAACCAACAGAACCAUGAGAGGGAAACACCACUCCAUUGUGCAGCGCAGUACGGACACUCUGAGGUGGUUUCAGUGCUUCUUCAGGAGCUCACAGACCCCACUAUGAGAAACAACCGGCAAGAGACCCCCCUCGACCUGGCAGCACUUUAUGGACGCCUUCAGGUGGUAUGCAUGCUGGUGAGUGCCCACCCAAAUCUCAUGACUAGCCAAACUCGCCUCCACACUCCGCUUCACCUGGCUGCACGCAACGGACACCACAGCACCAUCCAGACCCUGCUGGAGGCCGGCAUGGAAGUCAAUUGUGUGACAGAGAAUGGCAGUGCCCUCCAUGAAGCUGCCCUUUUUGGAAAGAUGGAUGUAGUUCGCCUUCUGCUUGACUCAGGGAUUGACACCAGUCUUAGAGACAGUAAGGGGAGAACAGCACUGGACAUUUUGAAAGAACAUCCUGCACCAAAAGCCCAGCAGAUCACUGCUCUUAUUCAAGACUAUAUGGACAGGCUGGAGAAGAAUAUAAUGGAAGAACCUGUUCGCAAGUGUCCUAUACCUGCACCUCGGACCUCUAUCGCCUCACCUGCUGCCUCCCCCUCCCUCAAACACAAGAAUGAUGCAGUCACAAGCGAGCUGUCCAAACUGCUUCAUGACAUUAAAAAGUGCCGGGACAGAGACUACUCCUUCGAGGAGCUCUGCCACACCAUCUCCUCCCACUCCAUGGACAGCUUUGGAAGUGGGCGCCUGUCUGACGAGGAGCGCCCAGAUAGACCCAACGGCACCCUAACUCGUAGCACUAAGCGGCCGACCCCUCCUCUCGCUCCAGCCUUGGAGGAAGACGAGGCAGAAAAAACCUGUGGCCCCACUGGAUUCUGGGAAGCUUUUACUCCUUGCAACGGCUGCCACAACCUUGGCUUUUCCGGCCUGUCACAGGAGUCUAAGCGUUCAGCAGAGAUCGUCACCUCUCCUUCACUCGAUGUUUUCCUGCCAGAAGACGAGGACAACCCGUACGAGUCUGUGACCACCGCUGUCACACGCAAACCCUGCUCCCUCGAUAUCAACCAUCAGCUCAACGCCUGCUCACGUAAUGGUCACUUGUCCCAUGUACCGGUGAGCGAGGAGGAGAGUGGUAACCAUGACAACUGCUCAACAGGCCCCACACCAGACUGCUCUCCACCCUCCCCUGACACGGCCCUGAAGCACAUCGAGAGAGUCAUCCGCCCCCAGCCGAAGCAACGCACCUCUUUGUCUUCAUCUCUGGAUGUCCAGAGGCCGGUCAACCACAGCUGUGAGCCCAGUGAGGUGAGCUCGUCUCUGGGCUACGCCAGCUUCAGCACCAGUCCCCCUGCCAGCCCGCCUCUCAGCCCAAACCAGGAGGACUCUGCAGGCUCCAACGACGACUGUCACCUCACAGACGACGGGUCGUACCAGCGAGAACCCCCUCCCCCUCCUCCCUGCCCUUCCUCCAGCUCAAACCCUCUUCUGGAGGAGAACAGGAAGAGCCUGGUCCCAGAAGCGUUCGCAGGCCUUCUUCAUGGAUCAUCUCCGGCUUGUGAACCGCCUGAUACGCCUUAUCAUCUUUACAGCCCCAAACACUUUAAAUAUGCCUCUGCAGAUGUCCAGAGCAGCCUGCUGCAGGCCCCCGAGAUCAGCGUUGUGAUUGGUGGAGGAGCCUCUCAGGGCUUCUCUAGGACUGGGAGCGAGGGAUCUCCUCAGAGCCUCAACUGCAAGUCCCAGAAGCCCCAGGUUGUGUACCGGACUGUUUUUCACACAAGGGUCAACCAAGACCAGGUUCAGACUAGGAACUGUGAGCAGGAGGAUUCAGCUCGUGUAUGGAGCCACCUGCCUUCUCGUUCCUCUGAGCAAAACGGUGACGUUGCAGAUUCUUUUGGAAACCUGACCGUAGGUGCAUCUAAAGAAGGUUUACCUGGAGCUGGGUACGAAGAGAGGGCUUGUACCCUGGGGAGGAUGAGAUCAGUGCCACGCAGUGUGUUGGACCUGCAGCUGUCGAAGUCUUUGUCCAAGUCCGACUCCAACCUUGUGGCCGUGUCCCCCAUACAGGAGGAACACAGUUGGGGGUGUGGAUCUCGGGGUCAGGGCCCAGGAAGUUCCAGCUCACGAGAAGGGGCCAGCCCCGAGAGAAGGUUGGAGCGAACGCCCUCCUUUACUGCUGAGUGGGAAGAGAUCGACAAGAUUAUGAGCUCUAUUGGGGCAGGAAUUGGCAGCGGAUUGGAUAUCAAGGAGGAUAACUCAGGUCCCCGCUGCCCACUGCAGUCUGUUGGCCAGUGGCUUGACUCUAUUGGACUGGUCCAGUAUGAGAACCACCUGCUCGCCAAUGGAUUUGACAAUGUCCAGUUCAUGGGCAGCAACGUGGUGGAGGACCAGGACCUGCUGGAAAUUGGGAUUCUCAACUCUGCUCACAGACAGCGCCUGCUGCAGGCCAUUCGGCUGCUGCCCCGGGUGCGACCUGUCGGUUAUGAUGGCAACAACCCCACGUCGGUGGCCGAGUGGCUCGAGUCUUUGGAGCUCGGCGACUACACCAAGUCUUUCCUCAUUAACGGCUACACAUCCAUGGAGUUGGUCAAAAAGAUCUGGGAGAUCGAGCUGAUCAACGUGUUAAAGAUCAAUCUUAUUGGACACAGAAAACGGAUCCUGGCCUCAUUGGGAGACCGGCUACACGAAGACACUCCACAAAAACCUCCACGGGCCAUCUCCUUACGGGAGCCCGGGGGAAACCACACCCCUCCACAGCUCAGCCCCUCGGUCGGCCAGGCAGCGUAUACAGCGGGGGUCCCUGGUGGAUCUCUGGACGUCCAGCACCUCAUUAUGCAGGCGGACGCCCGGCGCAGGCAGCGCAGCACCGAGAACUACUUUGAGGACGUGCCGCGGUCCAAGCUGGAGCGACAGAUGGCUCAAGUCAGCAUGGCAGGUGAAUGGUGUGAGCCAAUAACGUUGCGCCCGCCCAACGAGGCCACCUCGUCCACCCCUGUGCAGUACUGGCAGCAUCACCCGGAGAAGCUCAUCUUUCAGUCCUGUGACUACGAAGCUUAUUACCUUGGCUCUAUGCUGGUGAAAGAGCUGAGGGGGACAGAGUCCACACAAGAUGCCUGUGCCAAGAUGCGGUCAACGGAACAGAUGAAGAAAGUACCGACCAUCGUGCUCUCGGUGUCCUACAAAGGAGUGAAGUUCAUCGAUGCCACCAAUAAGAACAUUAUCGCAGAGCAUGAGAUCCGCAACAUUUCAUGUGCUGCUCAGGAUCCAGAUGAUCUGUCAACGUUUGCCUACAUCACCAAAGACCUCAAAUCCAGUCAUCACUACUGCCACGUCUUUACUGCUUUUGAUGUGAAUCUGGCCUACGAGAUCAUCCUGACACUCGGCCAGGCCUUUGAGGUGGCCUACCAGCUGGCCCUGCAAGCCAGGAAGAGUGGCCACGGGUCGUCAACACUUCCGGAAAGCUUUGAUAUGAAGCCCAACAAACCUGUUCCCAAACCCCGCAUCAACAUCCGCAAAUCAAUGGAGCAGCCAUCUAUGGACCAGAAGGGACAUGCCAAUGUGCCAUGGAUUGUGGAGCCUGGUCAGGAGGCAAAGAGAGGAGUCAACACCAAGUACGAGACCACUAUUUUCUAACAUACACCCGCCUUGUCCACUCCUGUGUGUGUGUGCCUUUCAGAAGUUGCCCUGUAUCGGGGCCCAGCCCCGGAGUCGGGCACAAGCGACGCACGCCGCCGUGUCACCUCACCGGCUGAAAAACAAAAAUUCAAUACACCUCACUUCGUCCCGCCCUCAU